AUGGAAUCCAAAACCCUAACCGAGACGACCGUACCGAGCCACGACGAGACCGAGACAGAGUCAGCAGAGUUCGAGAAGAAUCAAGAACGGUACCAAGCUCUAAUCUCCACGUUCCCUCACGAGAAAGGCUGGAGACCGAAAGAGCCCUUGAUCGAAUACGGUGGUUACUGGUGGAUACAACCUCUACUCGAAGGUUGUCUUCACGCGCAAGAGUUCUUCCAAGCGCGUCCUAACGACUUCCUAGUUUGUAGCUAUCCAAAAACAGGUACCACUUGGCUCAAAGCCCUAACUUUCGCCAUCGCAAAUCGAUCACGCUUCGACGAUUCCUCGAACCCUCUCUUAAAACGUAACCCUCACGAGUUUGUUCCUUACAUUGAGAUAGAUUUCCCUUUCUUCCCUGAAGUUGAUGUUCUCAACGACAAAGGAAACACUCUGUUUUCCACUCAUAUCCCAUUUGAGUUAUUACCCGAUUCCGUCGUGAAAUCGGGUUGUAAGAUGGUUUACAUUUGGAGAGACCCCAAGGAUUCUUUCAUAUCCAUGUGGACCUUCCUCCACAAGGAAAGGUCGGAACUUGGACCAAUCAGCAAUCUUGAAGAGUCUUUUGAUAUGUUUUGUCGAGGUCUAAUUGCGUACGGUCCUUAUCUUGAUCAUGUUUUGAAUUAUUGGAAAGCUUACCAAGAAAGUCCAGAUCGGAUUUUGUUCCUCAAGUACGAGACGAUGAGAGCUGAUCCUUUGCCUUAUGUGAAGAAACUAGCUGAGUUUAUGGGUUAUGGAUUCACAGAGGAGGAAGAGAAGAAAGGGAUUGUUGAGAAAGUAGUGAAUCUUUGUAGCUUCGAGACGUUGAAGAAUCUUGAAGCUAACAAAGGUGAGAAAGAGAGAGAGGACCGUGCUGCUGUUUUUGCGAAUAGCGCGUAUUUCAGGAAAGGGAAGGUUGGAGAUUGGUCGAAUUAUCUGACUCCGGAGAUGGCAGCUCGUAUCGAUGGGAUAAUGGAAGAGAAAUUCAAGGCUACCGGUUUGCUUGAGCAUUGUAAAUGA